UGCGACACAGGGAAGGCUGGGUCCUCCUUCCGGGAGCGUCCCUAUGGCAACAGCUGCCGGAGGAGGGAGCCCUGCCUGCUGUGGAGUCGUCCUGAGUCAUGGCCCCGGGCUGAGCCCUGGGAAGAGACCAUUGUACAGCGAGGCGGGGCUGCCUGGGGAGGGCUCAGGCGGGAGCCAAGUGCCAGCUGAGGCCCCUGAGGGCCUUCCCCGCAGCCUGGCACCUCUGCCCGGCCUCCUGGCUUGCUCUCACGGGUGCGCUGUGCCAGCCAGCAGGCACGGCUGUAGGUCUGAGGCCUUGUGGAGUCACGGGGCCGGGAGCUCUGGGCGGCAUGGGUGCUGGCACAGAGGAACCAGACAGGCUGACUAGCAGGGCGGGCCCAGCCGCACGCCAGCUGGAGGCGGGCUCCGGCUAAGUUUCACUUCCCGCCUCCGGGCCAGCAGCGAGAACGUGUGCGGUGUGCGGUGUGCCGUGCGAGUGACUGCCACCCACCUGCCUGCCUGCGCGUGGCCCGGCAGCGUCCACUAUGCGCUCGCAGGCCCCGCCCCCAGGCCCCAUGCAGACCCUCGUCUUCUUGGACCUGGAGGCCACCGGCCUGCCCUUCUCGCAGCCCAAGAUCACGGAGCUGUGCCUGCUGGCCGUGCACAGGUGUGCCCUGGAGAGCGCCCCGGCCCCGCAGCGGCCUCCCGCGGCGCCCGCCCCGCCCCGCGUGGUGGACAAGCUCUCCCUGUGCGUGGCCCCCGGGAAGGCCUGCAGCCCCGCCGCCAGCGAGAUCACCGGCCUGAGCACAGCCACGCUGGCAGCGCACGGCCGCCAGCGCUUCGACGCCGACCUGGCCCACCUGCUCCGCGCCUUCCUGCGGCGCCAGCCGCAGCCCUGGUGCCUCGUGGCGCACAACGGGGACCGCUACGACUUCCCCCUGCUGCGGGCGGAGCUGGCCGCGCUGGGCCUCGCCGGCGCGCUGGACGGGGGCUUCUGUGUGGACAGCAUCGCCGCCCUGAAGGCUCUGGAGCAGCCGGCACUGGCACCGGGCCCGCGGAAGAGCUACAGCCUGGGCAACGUCUACGCCCGCCUCUACGGGCAGGCGCCCCCGGACUCGCACACGGCCGAGGGCGACGUCCUCGCCCUGCUCGGCGUCUGCCAGUGGAGGCCCCGGGCCCUGCUCCGGUGGGUGGACGCCCACGCCAGGCCCUUCAGUGCCGUGGAGCCCAUGUACGGGGCCACGGCCCCCCCGGCUCCGGCCGCCGCGGCCUCUGCACUCCUGGGCAGAGCCAGGCACGCCGGUCCCGGCCUUGGGGCCAGCAUCCUUCCUCCGGGGAAGGGCCCCGGGGCCUCGCCCAGGGAGGGGCUGCUGGCCCCCCUGAGCCUGCUGGCCUUGCUGACCGUGGCGCUGGCCGUGCUGUAUGGGCUGUCCCAGGGCUCGCCUGAGCAGUAGCUGAGGACAGCCUGACAAUAAAGACGCCCGCCUGAG